CGACCUCUCUUGCUUUAAGGUCUCCACCUGCUCCCAUGUCGCCAUGCAGCCUGACUUGCCUGACUCGCCCAUAGACCUCGCAGAGGACCUCCCUGAUGACGUGCUCGCGCGCGUGCUCGCGCACGGCCGCGCGCGGGAGGCCGGGCGCUGUGCCGCGACGGCGCGGGCGCUGCGGGCGGCGGCGGAGUCCACGGCGCAGCGGCUUUGGGCACAGCUCUUUGGUGCGUCCACGUGUCAUGGGCUCGAUGGAUGGGCAAAGGCCUGGAAUCGCCUGGACCUGGCGAGGUCAGAGGAGCUGGGGAAGGUCAAGGAGAGCUUUGUAUGGGCAGCUGGACAUGGUUACUGCAGCUACCUGGCCCAAAGGGCCUUCUGGGCGCAGAGCCACUGUCCCUCUGCCUCGCUCCAGCUGCUGAACGGCGCGCUCCCUCGCGCGGCGCAGCGGCGCCAGGUGGGAGCCGUGGAGCUGCUACUGGAGCUGCGAGCUGAAGUUGACUGCCUGGGCAAGGGUGGCGCGAGCGCCCUCUUCUGGUCGGCCCGGCAUGGCGACGUGCCCUCGCUUCGCCUCCUGCUGGCCGCCGGCGCCUCGCCGCUGCGCGGCGGACCCGCCCACGCGGGCGAGGGGAAAGGCCCGAAGUACCCGGGGGGCGAGUGCGCCCUCUCAGCGGCCUUGCAGGCGCCGGCCGAGAAGGCCUCCGGCGCCCGCCUGGAGGCGCUGCGCUUGAUGGCCACGCAGCUCACGCCGGAGGAGCGCCGGAGCGGCCCCGCGCGGCGCGCGGUGCUGGCGGCCUGCGAGGCCGGCGUGGUGGCCUAUGUCUCGGUGCUCCUCGACCAGCUGGGCGCCGGUCCCGCCGACAACGCCGCGCCCGACGCGGCGCCGGGCGCCGCGGCCGAUGUGGAGGGGGAGGAGAUGCCGCUGCUGGUGGCCUUGAGCCAGGGCUUCUCAGAGGUGGCCGAGCUGAUCCUGCAGGACAAGGCCGUGGCGGGUCAGAUCAACCUCACCUUGGCCUCCGGCAAGUCGCCGCUGCACCUGGCGGCCGAGCGGGGUGAUCGGCGGGUGCUGCAGCUGCUGCUGCGGGCGCGCGCCACGUUGGAUGCGACCACCUCUUCCGGGAGGACGGCUUUGCACCUGGCGGUGGAGCAUGAUUAUGAGCAAGCGGUGCAGGCCAUCUGUGAGAAUGAAGCCACAGAGGUUCGGCACUUGCUCCAAGAGACGCCCAACGGCGCCUCCCCUGUGUGCCUGGCGGAGCGCCGUGGCAAGCCGAUGCUGAUCCUGCCCAUGCUCCGGUGUUACCACCGACAUCUGCGGGACAGGUACCUGGCAGGGAAGCUCCAAGAUGCCUACGACCAGGUGAGCGAUCCGCAACUCACCGCCUUGUGUUUGAAGCACCGCGAUGCCCUCUUCUUGACCGAAGAGGCUCCCGAGAAAAAGCCGGUCACGCAGUCCGGCAAGGUGGCCUCGCUCCGUUUGCUGCCGCUGGUCGAGGAGGGCGAUAAGCUGAAGCGCUACCAGCGGGUGCUGGACAAGACGCGCUGGAGCGGCCUCGAUGGCGACCUCGUGGGCCGCGGUCGCUUGCGUUCGCAGCUGGACCUCGACGGCGGCGCCACGCGCGCCGCGCGGGGCGACGCCGGCGCGCGGCCGCGCGCGGCCACGGGCGAGCGGAAGCCCUGGGGCUCUGGAGUGGCGAAGCCAAAGCGGCCGCAGUCUGCGACGAGUGGAGGGCGAGGUGGCCCCUACCAAGGCACUAGUUGUCCUCCAUCCUCCCAGCUGCUGAAGCGCGGCUCAAAGCCAGCGCACCCUCCACCGGCAGCACCGCCUCGCGCAGCGGCUGGGCAGAUUGAGGCAGCGGCCCUGGCGGCGGAGGAUGAGAUGGAAGACUUGAUGUGGGAGUUUUUCGAGACGACUGAGAUGGAGAAUGAGAUAGAGCAUGAGAUGUAUUCCUCUGAGGAGGACUGAAUUGGCCCCAAUGUGGGCUCACAUGUCUCACGGCUUUUGAACAAUUGACCGCGCAAAA